UGGGGUCUUAUUGCAGGGAUGAAGCUGCUCCCAGCCUUGGCAGGGCUCCUGGCCGUUCUGGUCAUGCCCGGGCCCUCGGAGGGUGCCGCCCCAGCUGUCCUGGGGGAGGUGGAAACCUCAGUGAUUCUGACCUGCAUGGAAGAGGCCAAGCGGCUAGUGGACAAGGCCUACAAGGAGAGACGGGAAAGCAUCAGGCAGCGGCUUCGCAGUGGCUCAGCCAGCCCCAUGGAGCUCCUGUCUUAUUUCAAGCAGCCCGUGGCAGCCACCAGGACAGCUGUGAGGGCUGCGGACUAUUUGCACGUGGCCCUAGGCUUGCUGGAGGAGAAGCUGCGGCCGCUGUUGUCAGGGCCCUUCAACGUCACUGACGUGCUGACGCCCGCCCAGCUGAAUCUGCUGUCCAAGUCGAGCGGCUGCGCCUACCAGGACGUGGGCGUGAGGUGCCCCGAGAAGGACAAGUACCGCACCAUCACCGGGCAGUGCAACAACAGACGCAGCCCCACUCUGGGCGCCUCCAACCGCGCCUUUGCGCGCUGGCUGCCGGCUGAGUACGAGGACGGCUUCUCGCUGCCCUACGGCUGGACGCCCGGGGUCAAGCGCGGCGGCUUCCCGGUGCCCCUGGCUCGCGCCGUCUCCAACGCCAUCGUGCGCUUCCCUACGGAGCAGCUGACCCGGGACCAACAGCGUUCGCUCAUGUUCAUGCAGUGGGGCCAGCUGAUUGAUCACGACCUCGACUUGGCCCCUGAUCCGUCCCUCCGGGUCGCCUAUGUCAGUGGUGUUAACUGCGAGACAAGCUGCCUGCAGCAGCCACCCUGCUUUCCUCUCAAGAUCCCGCCCAAUGACCCACGCAUCAAGAACCAACAGGACUGCAUCCCAUUCUUCCGCUCCUGCCCUGCCUGCACAGGGAACAACAUCACCAUCCGCAACCAGAUCAACGCCCUCACCUCCUUCUUGGACGCCAGCAUGGUGUACGGCAGUGAGGAAUUCUUGGCCAUGAAGCUGCGCAACACGACCAGCCAGCUGGGGCUGAUGGAGGUCAACGACCAACACACUGACAAUGGCCGGGCCCUGCUGCCCUUCGACAACCUGCACGACGACCCCUGCCUCCUCACCAACCGCUCCGCACGCAUCCCCUGCUUCCUGGCAGGGGAUAUGCGCUCCAGUGAGAUGCCCGAGCUCACCUCCAUGCACACACUCUUUCUGAGGGAGCACAACCGGCUGGCCACAGAGCUCAAGCGCCUGAACCCUCGCUGGAAUGGAGAGAGGCUCUACCAGGAAGCCCGGAAGAUUGUGGGAGCCAUGAUCCAGAUCAUCACUUACCGGGACUAUCUGCCCCUGGUGCUGGGGCCAGAAGCCAUGAAGAAGUACCUGCCCAAGUAUCGCUCCUACAAUGACUCUGUGGACCCUCGUAUUGCCAACGUCUUCACCAACGCCUUCCGCUAUGGCCACACCCUCAUCCAACCCUUCAUGUUCCGCCUGGAUAAUCGGUACAGGCCCAUGGGGCCCAACCCCCGUGUUCCACUCAGCCAGGUCUUUUUUGCCUCGUGGAGGGUCGUGCUGGAAGGUGGCAUUGACCCCAUCCUCCGGGGCCUCAUGGCCACUCCUGCCAAGCUGAAUCGCCAGAACCAAAUUGUGGUGGAUGAGAUCCGGGAGCGGUUGUUUGUUCAGAUCAUGAGGAUUGGGCUGGACCUGCCCGCUCUAAACAUGCAGCGCAGCCGGGACCAUGGUCUCCCAGGGUACAAUGCCUGGAGACGCUUCUGUGGGCUGCCGCAGCCCCAAACAGUGGGCGAGCUGGGCACAGUGCUGAAGAACCUGAACCUGGCAAGGAAGCUGAUGGGGCAGUAUGGCACACCCAACAACAUUGAUAUCUGGAUCGGUGGCGUGGCUGAGCCCCUGAAUCGCAAUGGCCGUGUGGGGCCGCUCCUCGCCUGCCUCAUUGGGACCCAGUUCAGGCACCUCCGUGACGGCGAUCGGUUUUGGUGGCAGAACAAGGGUGUAUUCAGCAAGAAACAGAAGCAGGCUCUGUCCAAGAUCUGCUUGCCUCGCAUCAUCUGCGACAAUACAGGCAUCACCACCGUGUCCAAGAACAACAUCUUCAUGUCCAACACAUUCCCUCGGGACUUCGUCAACUGCACUAAACUUCCUGCGUUGGACCUGUCUUCCUGGAGAAGCACAGACUAG